AUGUACUCGACCACCGCUACGGUGCCCAUUAGGGCCGCCUCGGCCCUCCCAAAGGCCGCUGCGCGUGUUCCCGUCGUCCCCGGAGCCUUGAGAACGGCCGGUCUGCGUGCCAGCUUCGUCGCCUGCAAUGACAUUGCACAGAAGAACAGCAACAAUGGCAAGCGCAUGUUUUCCUCUACGCCUCGUGCGGCCCUCAAGGAAUUCUUCCCCAAGGUAGAGACAAAGCAGAUUGUGGACGUGGAAUCCGGCUGGCCGCAUCCUGUUUACACCGACAAAGAGAUGCGUGAGAUCAAGUACGCUCAUCGCAAGGCGCAGAACUGGGCCGACUGGAUCGCGCUGGGGAUGGUUCGACUCCUCCGCUGGGGUAUGGACACGGCAACCGGAUACCGUCACCCUCCAGAGGGCAAGCCCUUGCCCAAGAAGUUCGAGAUGAAUGAAUGCAAAUGGUUGACCCGGUUCGUCUUCCUGGAGAGUGUCGCUGGUGUCCCGGGUAUGUCUGAGAAGAAUGAAGAGGGACAAUGGAUGGGUGUCUUCUUCAACGGCUUCUUCAUCUCCUACCUCUUGUCUCCGCGCAUCUGCCACCGGUUCGUCGGCUACCUCGAGGAAGAAGCCGUGCUCACCUACACGCGGGCAAUUGAAGAGCUCGAGGCCGGCAAGCUGCCCAAGUGGAAGGACAUGGACGCCCCGGACAUUGCCGUCAAGUACUGGAAGAUGCCCGAGGGACACCGCAAGAUGCGUGACCUGCUGCUGUACGUGCGCGCAGACGAGGCCAAGCACCGCGAAGUCAACCACACCUUGAGCAACCUGAACCACAAGACAGACCCCAACCCGUACGUGGCCAAGUUCCGGGACACCAACAAGCCGCGUCCUAGCAAGGGAACGGACCUGGUGAAGCCGACUGGAUGGGAGCGUGAUGAAGUGAUAUAA